AUGACCGCCCAACAUGCCGAUGGCGGCGAGCUGAAGCGUGUGGAAUCGUAUCAAUGGCCGACUGGACACGUCGGACACCUCAGUGCCAAUCAACAAAGCUCCCUCACAGCCUUCAAAACUCUCUGCGAACAAAACGGCUACUACACCCCCGCCACCCUCGACGGCAGAACACCCGCAACCCACGACGAGGAAACGCUGCUCCGCUACCUCCGCGCCCGCAAAUUCCUCCCCCAAGAAGCCUUCAAACAAUUCAAAGACACGGAAGACUGGCGCAAGGAGAACCAACUCGACCGCCUCUACGAAACCAUCGAUGUGCAAGAAUACGACCGCACCCGCCGCGUCUACCCGCAAUGGACCGGCCGCCGCGACAAACGCGGCAUCCCCCUCUACGUCUACCAAGUCUCCCAAGUCGACGCCAAGGACGUCUCGGCCCACGGCAAAGAUAACAAGACCUCCCGCUCCUCCUCCAUGUCCACCACCGCCACCGGUACGAGCGGGACCCCGGACACCCCUCCCCGAAUGCUACGUCUCUUCGCCUUGUACGAGAACCUCUGCCGUUUCGUCCUGCCUUUAUGUUCCGCCAUGCCAGAUCGUUCCCACGCCGAGACGCCGAUUAGUCAGAGCAAUAACAUCGUCGACAUUAGUAAAGUCAGUAUGGCUAAAUUUUGGUCGCUGCGGAAUCAUAUGAGUGAGGCGAGUACCCUUGCCACGGCGCAUUAUCCCGAGACGUUGGAUCGUAUUUUCGUGGUCGGGGCGCCCGGGUUUUUCAGUACGGUUUGGGGGUGGGCGAAGAAUUGGUUCGACCCUAUUACAGUGUCCAAAAUCUUCAUCCUCAACGACAAGACUAUGCUCGCCACCUUGGAGAAAUACAUCGAUCGUGACAAUAUCCCGAAGAAGUACGGUGGUAAUCUUGAUUGGACUUUCGGCGAUAUGCCUUCUCUUGAGGACGGGAUUGCAAACAACUUACGAUGGAAGGAAGAUAUCCGCCACAAGGGCCACCGAACCCUACCAAUAGGACCUAUCAGAUGGCAGUACGAUGCAGAAGGUGACCUUGUCGCGAUAGCUAUUGGAUCGGAGAACGGCAAACCCAGAAGUCGCGUACUCGCGGGACUGCAUCCGGAUGACCACGUAGCUAGGCUAGCUUUAUCGCCUGGUCGCUCGGAGCCUUCCUUGAACACUCGCAACCUCGCGCCACCAACCCCGACUACUGGUAACUUGGCACCUUCGUCCCCGCAAAGAUUGGCACUACAUAGAGUGGCGUCGCAGGCUCCGGCGCCCGAAGAAGGUCCACCUGUCAAAGCUUCCUCACCACCGCUCGAGGGCGCUGUGCCUACGGAUGCUGUUUCGCUACCCUCACUUGAGGGAUCCACGCCUCCAACCAACGCAGCGGCACCUACUCAACAGGCGGCGGGCGAAAGUGGAUGGGCAGCAGCCGUAGCCGCACGAGCCAUGAGUGGGAACGCAGAUCUAGACGUCGGCAAGAACGCGAAGUCGCACGUGACGCAGACGAGUAGAGAGGGCACCUACACCAUCCCCUUCCGAGACCACGCAGAACAACCCAACGCGAGCAUACCCACCCACGCAAACGCAGCAAACACGAACACCGCCCCCUCAGCCCCCGCAACUGAAACCCGUCAAGGCACAAGCCACACCCGUCUGGAACAACAAGCCGGCACCCACGCCGCCGGCACGAUGGCGGAAGGAACUCCACGCCACACCAUCGACGGUCAAGGCAGCAAGACCGCAAUAAUGGAGCCUACGACCGUCGGGCAAGCACCCAAAGAACAUCCGGUUCCUGAAGCAGAAGGUGGACAGCACCCGACUUAUCUGGAGCAAGCGCAUAAUCUGGCAGGGCAGGCGGUGGAGCAGGCGAAGCAUUUACCCGGGACGGUCAUGGCUGCUGUGGGGUAUGGGGGGAAGGGUGAGCAUGAGGAGGAGGUGCAGCAGGUGAAGAGGGAUGAGAGGCGGGAUCCGGAGAUUGAGGGGAUGGAGAAGGGGGAUGUGGAGGAGUUUUUGAGGAGUCGGACGAUGAGCCAUAAGAGUGGAUGA